UUCAAACGAUAUUCGAUAUUACAGUGAUACAACGCAUUUUCAAAUCCAAAUAUCAUAAAAACACGUCGCAACAAGUAAAACCCAAUAAAAUAAGAUAAGUAUAUUAGCAUUUAUUUUUCUGCAUUUGUAUAUCCAAUAAAACAAUUAGAAUUAUGGGUACCGAAAAAACAUAUAAAUCGUAUAUUAAUACCGAAUCCAGUGACGAAAUUGUUAUUUCUGGUAUCGCUGGUAGAUUCCCAGACUCAGACAAUAUAAAACAAUUACAAGAAAAUUUAUUCAACAAAAUAAAUCUUCUUAGAACAAAUCCUCGAUGGAAUAUAGAACAUCCGGACUUACCAGCUCGCAUGGGAACAAUUAAUAAUCUGGAAAAAUUUGAUGCCGAUUUUUUUCAUAUAUCUUUCAAACAAGCAAAUUUACUUGAUCCUAUGAUAAGAAUGUUACUGGAACACACUUACGAAGCAAUUAUCGAUGCAGGGAUCAACCCAAAACAAUUACGAGGAAAAAUACUGCAGUAAUCGUAGGGACGAGUU